AAUGAAUACGUCCAACCAUGGACAAAAUGUAUCCUAUAAUGGGGAUGUGCUAAAAGUUAUUACUUCUAAUACAAAUGGAACAAGAAAACAUGAAAGAAAAUGUAUACAAAGAAUAUCAAAUUUAGGAAGUCCUGAUUAUAAUAUUUUUGAUGGAAUAAUUGAUGCAAGUGAACCUCGUUAUUGUAUAUGUGAUCAAGUUGCUUUUGGUACAAUGGUUGCAUGUGACAACAAAAGGUGUAUAACAGAAUGGUUUCAUAGUGGCUGUGUUGGUAUUAAAAAACCACCACGAGGAAAAUGGUACUGCCCAAAAUGCAGAAACACAGUAACAAAACUUAAAAUGUCAAAAAAA